GCGUCAGUGUUUGCUGAAGCCACCGCGGAGUUCGAGUUGCCUCUAUCCAAGUGUUGCAACUCUUCCUUGCACUUUUCCCACCGGCCUUCGUGUACCAGUCUGUUGAGUGGAAUCCAAGGUUGUUUCGAUCUUCCCGCAGUCGUCCUCAUCACUUCUUGUCUUUAUACACUCAAUAACUGGAAUUGAGCGCCUGAAACCCGACUUGCCCGCUCGAGCGAGACGAAAAACCCCCACAACAACACCCACUACCUAGUACCACCGCACCGCAGGCUCAGCCUCAGCCUCAACGCGCAACCAUCCUCCAUCACGGUGCCAUCUACUUGCUCUUUUGGAAAAUAACAGCGUCGAGGCCAUCGCAUGCUUACGGCCGACCAGCGAGAAAGAAGUGUUGGUAGACAUCGCGCUGCCAUUUGACAACAGCAACAGACUCCCUCGCUCUCAUGGCAGCAGUCCCAUAGAGUAAAUCACUCCCCUGUUGCCACGGCGGCAUUUCUACUGUGGCCACGAUAUGGACCACGCUCCUCCCCAAUUGUGGGCGGUUGCCCACGAACUGGUGUCUCGCAGUGCGACGAACUCGACUUCCACAAGCGCAACCGAAGCCAGUCGCCCGCCCGUUUACAAGGCAAUUGGCAUUUCUCUAGCUGUCGCUUCAGGACUUUUCAUCGGCAUCUCAUUUGUCUUGAAGAAAACCGGCCUACUCAAGGCCAAUGCAAAAUACAAUGAAGAGGCUGGUGAAGGAUAUGGAUACUUGAAAAACUGGUACUGGUGGUCGGGCAUGACCCUGAUGAUCGUUGGCGAGAUAUGCAAUUUCGUCGCCUAUGCUUUCGUCGAUGCUAUCUUGGUGACACCACUCGGCGCACUCAGUGUCGUCGUCACCACCAUUCUUUCAGCCAUCUUCCUCAAGGAGCGUUUGAGUUUCGUCGGAAAAGUGGGAUGUUUCAAUUGCAUCGUUGGCAGCGUGGUGAUCGUCCUGAACGCGCCAGAGCAGAGCUCGGUGGCCGACAUCCAGGAGAUGCAGCAUUUUGUGAUAGCUCCUGGCUUUCUCAGUUACGCUGGCGUGGUCAUCAUUGCUUGUACAUUUGUCGCUCUCUGGGUUGCACCGCGAUAUGCCAAGAAGAGCAUGUUGGUUUAUCUCAGUAUUUGCAGCCUCAUCGGUGGCCUCAGUGUUGUUGCAACGCAGGGCUUGGGAAGUGCUGUGGUUGCUCAAGCCAGUGGAAAGCCGCAGUUCAACCAAUGGUUCCUCUAUGUCCUCUUGGUCUUUGUCGUCGCGACACUGCUGACGGAGAUUAUCUAUCUGAAUAAAGCGCUGAACAUCUUCAAUGCUGCCCUUGUGACGCCUACCUACUAUGUCUUUUUCACCAGUGCCACGAUCGUUACAUCCGCCAUCCUCUUUCGGGGCUUCAAAGGCACUGCUGUCACAAUUACCACCGUCAUCCUUGGCUUCCUGCAGAUAUGCACAGGCGUCGUGCUUCUACAAAUGUCGAAAUCUGCCAAGGACGUCCCUGAUGCCGCAGUGUUCAAGGGUGACUUGAACCAGGUUAGGGAAAUCGCAGAAGUCGAACAGCCGGAAACCGAACCAAAGGCGGACGCCCUCCGUGGGGCCGCCAGUUUGAUCAGGAGGAUGUCCGUGUCGCGACAGAAGAUGGAACAGGAAGAAGCCAGGCGCCUACGAGAAGACAGGAUGAAAGAUGAACUUGAACCGCUCGGAGAGAACGAAACUGUUGAAUGGGACGGGCUUCGACGGAGAAAGACUGUGGUUGGCACGCCGGGCUCUCCGACUCCGCGCAGGACUGUACAUCCUCCUCUAGGCAUGUCUCAUUUCCCUGACCCGAACGACGAGGACCGCGAUCCUGGGCCGGGCUUUUUCGAAAAUCUCCGCCACCGGGCCCAAACCGUCAUUCGUCAUUCUAGCCCUCGAGAAGCAGAUCCGAGGGCAGAGAAUGCACCACGGAGUCCGAUAUACCCUGUCGCAUUGACAGAUAUCAAGCUCCCCCCUUCUCAUAUGGAAUCACCGAUUAUGCCCUACGGCCCAGGCAGCCUGGAAGAUGCUCAAGAGCGAAUAUAUGGAUUGCCGCCUGGAAAGCGGAAAGAAGAAGACAGACAGGCUGGGAUUUCCGCCGCCAGGCCCUCGCCUCGAUCUAAGCCGCUCCCUGCCAAACCUUCACCCUCCCCAACCUUGAAGCUUCCUCAUGAGACAAGACGACAAUUUUCGUUCACAAACUUCCUCCGGCCGAGUUCUCGUACCCCAGAUGUCGACCACGACGGCGCACGGCCGGCGCUCCAGAGCCGGGGAAGCGCUACCAGUUACGAGCAAAAACGAGCAAGGAAGAAUGCUACGGAGGAGGAAAGACUGGGUCUUGUCAAGGGUGACUCCCACCUUGCAUUGCUCCAUCGUGAAAACUCUGGCUCUCCAGAACGCUCGCAUCAGCCCACAUCUUAUGCCCAUCCGAUUUCUCAUUCUCAGUCAAGCUCGUCCUCCAGCCUUGAUGAUUUCCCUCACAAUCUCUACCACUCACCUUUCCAACGUUCCCUCGCGGAUUCUGACGAGGAUGAUGGUUGGCAGAUGACGAAUGCGCCGAUAGCGUCGAACAAACCGAUAGCGAACUUGAGCAGUCCACCACGAGCGACAGUCAGAACCAGCACUCGACGCAGACCAAGUCCGCCGAGGGCGUACCAUCCUCCUCCCGCCAUGAGGAGCCCUCCACCAGAGUACAGUCCAGAAAGGCCACAACCACCAGCACGAGGAGGGCCGGCACAGGCCAGAGCAGCGGCGGAAGCAGUGUCCGGCCUUUCCCAGACUUUGUCGACGAGUCAGAAUUGGGGCACGACUCAGAGUCAAGACCCUGGAUCACCCCAGGGCCGUGGCGGUCAUCGCCUAGUUCAAGCUUCCGACACGACAGGACUGAUUGAGGAUGGGACCCGCAUCGCGAACAACCAAAACGAGAGCGAAUACGAGGCCAGUCGAAGACGCUUUGAAGAGCAGAGCAAACGAGAAAGAGAAGAACGGCGGAUGCGCGCCACUGGACGGCGUCAAAGUUGGAAACCAAUGACGCCUUGAGAUCGGCAGCGGGAGCUGGCUUUAACGUCUUUGAUUUGGGGCGGUUGGACUACUUGACCGUAACGUCGAGCGUCUACGAACAUGAUGACAUACCCACGAUUGUGUACGCUGUGAACGGACACAUUGGUUGAUUAGACAGACACGAAGCAAUGGACUAGAUGUUGACUAGGAAAGAAUCUCUUUGGAGCACA